UACAUCGUAAAUAUAUAUAUAGAGAGAAAAGAAAAACGUAUUGAUGUAAGGUUCAUUGUUGUCGUUUUAGAAAAUGUGAUUCUUGGAGCGUAUAAGUAGUAGAGUAGUUACAUAUAACUUCGGAGGUUUCUUUCUUAGUAUUGACCGUCCAUUCUAUUCAACUUUUUCUUUGUCGUUUGUAUUUUAACUAUGUCGGUCGGCUGUGACUUUCGUUAUAAUCGGUUUUGGUCUCUUGUAUAAAAACGUGAGAAAAAAAAUUAUACGAACUUUUCUUAAAUAGAAUGGUAAAUGAAUAAAAAAAAAUAUUAAUUUAAAUUUGAAGCAGCUUAUUUUCAGUAGUUAAAGAAACGCGUAUUGUUUGUGUGGGGACCAUGUAAUAAAGUAAGCUGAGGAAAUUUUUUGUUAAUCUGGAUUUUAGAAAUCUAACUAAUUUAUUAGUGGGUAUAGAUUACACAAUUUAUGUUUAAAUAAAAAUAUCAAUAUUUAACAUGAGAAUCUUUUAAUCCAUUAAAUUCGCAAGACAAAGUUUACAUAAAAGAGUUAAUAUUUCUUUGCAUCAAACCUAUUCAUAGAGGUUUCAUGUUAGUGUAUUCAAAUUAUGUCAAGUUAUAUGUGUUUACUGCAAGUUUUUUUAUUCAUUUAUCAUUCUUGUAAUUUUAAGUGGUCUUCUGUAUAUUGGACAUAUGCAAAAUAUUGCUGAAAUUAUAAAGUUUAACGUGUAAAUGAUGAUAAAGAAAAAAAAUUCUUAAGACUGCCAAACUUUAGAGUUUAGAGCAGAUGUAACGCUCGGUCGUGAUCGACUGUUUCGUAUAGUUCUAAGGUUAUGCUUGAUUAGGGUGUAAAUGUUGUCCGAAACAGCGGAAGGAAUGCAGAAGAGAGAUGAACGCCCAAAUUAGCUAAUGAUGAUAAUAAACUGACAGAUGUAAAAUGACAAAAUCAAAAUUAGCCACAACCGUCAUAAUCUAUUUAUGUAAUGUUAAUGAAUUUAUACGUUUUGAUAAUAAUAAUAAUGAUGCCAUUAGUACAAAAUUCCCUGUGCAAGAAUCUGAUCCCAAUGAAGGCGCAGAGUGCGGACGCUCAGCGCGUCGACGCCGCAAAACUGUUGAGUUUAGUGAAGAAGGUCGGUCUGGAUAAGACCGCUCUGAUGCAGAGCGAGGAGGCCAAGGAUUUCGAGUCCAUCGUCGAGUCGAUAACUCCGACGUCUUCGACGAAGAAGCCCACGCUUUUCUCGGCAAAGAGACGCACGCCCAAGAACGAGCGGAGCUACCACGAUAUUAAGCUGCUGCUCACGAAGCUACUAGAGCAGGUCUCCGACAUGGAGAAGGAAAAGCGCGACGAAAAGCUGCCGAAGAAGGCCGUCAAGCUGAAAGAUCGGGUCACGACGACGAUGCCCGUCGCCGGUCUGAUACCGCAGAUUAACACGAGAAGCAACAAGGCGAAGAAGAACAAGAAGGAUGAUAAUAACAGGCGGCAGAGGUGGGGCCAUUGGACGGAUUGGUCAUCAUGUAGCGUUUCUUGCGGGAAGGGCAGGCAGAUCAGGUGGAGGCACUGCAUCGAGCAUUGCGAGGAAUCGGAAACGGAAAUGGCGGAGAAGACCUGUCAGCUUCCGGCUUGCGGACCCGGAAAACUCUUCGGCGUUAUUCAAUUAUGAUAAGCGACAUCCCGGCUCCUCCUCCACCACCAUCCCAU